GAAACUUUUCCAAAUACAUCUUCUCACUUCAUUGUCUCCUUAUAGUUCUAUACUAUUGUGUUAUAACAACUGACUCCCAAAAUACAAUUAGUUAUAUCCUCAUACCAGUACAUCUCAACUUUGGACUCUAUCAUUGUCUGCAAACACAAAACUUAGAAUUAGCCUUACAAAACCGUAAUGAGUAAGAAGUACCACCCUCUGACAAAUUAACCGCAUGCUUAUUCCUAAAAUUAGAUAGUACUGAACAAUUUUUUUAAUAUACAACAGAAAAUGCACUGUAGUAGUUGGUAGUAGUUGAGACAGCUGAUAUUCCUAUGGAUGCCGCUCACGAGACGCAUGUCAAGUCCGCAUACAUUCACUCUACGUAUACUACAGCCAAAUUAUCAGAAAAUUCAAACAAGCUGCGUAUCGCGGCGCAUUCCAUUAUCUAGUGCAAUCAUUAAUAAUCCCGACAAUAAAUAGUGAAUUCUACUGAUCUUAUCUCCUAGAAGACAACUACAGUAUAUUAUAUUACGUAAGCUAUACGUAAGUUUGUCAGAUUCGACGAAUUGAUAUGCACUGAUAUGCACUUAAAAAUACACGACGGAGUGAAACAUUCUAAACAAUUAAAAUUGCUUGUCAACGUAUAUCCUGCGUAUAAAAAGUUAGCAAAAUUUUGUGAUCCAACAUUGAACAAACUGAAUAUGAUUGGCCUAGUUAUAAAAAAAGGUUUAGAACGUUCUUCAAAAAAAUAUCAAAUUUCAAAUAUCAACGUGACACAACGUAAUUACACGGCAAACGAUUGCGUCGAUAACAUAGGGUUUAUAGGCGGUGGAAAUAUAGCGCGUGCAAUUGGAAAGGGAAUACUCGGAAAAGAGCUACUGAAUCCACGGCAAAUAUACGUAUCAGAGCCUUACAAACCCGCACAAAAGCUAUGGAUGGAAAUGGGUGCAAAUGUGACAAUAAAAAAUGGGCAGGUGGUGGAAAAUUGUCAGAUAAUAUUUUUAGCCGUAAAAUCAACUAAUCUCCAAGCAACUGUAACUGACAUACAGAAUACACUUUCGGCUCCAGUAAAGAAUAAAAUAUUUGUAUCGGCGCUUGCGGGCAUACCGCUCUCCGUAUUGGAAAAGGUUCUCUUGCCUGUGAUACCUGACGCAAGAAUCGUAAGAUCCACUUUGAAUACACCGUUGCUCGUAGGAGCAGGUUGCACAGUACUCAGUGGUGACAGUCGUACGACGGAUGACGAUAUAAAUAAAUUAAAAACUAUAAUGUCUGCGAUCGGAACGUGCCACGUGGUGCCUGAGAGUCAAAUGAAUGCUGCUGGAGGAAUAGUCGGUUGUGGUCCAGCCUACAUGUACACGAUGUUGGAUGCACUGUCGGAUGGAGCAGUGAAAAUGGGUAUUCCAAGACAUUUGGCAGUGACGUUCGCAGCGCAAGUGAUGUAUGGCUCAGCAAAGAUGAUAUUAGAGACUGGCAAACAUCCUGGAGAGCUCAAGGAUCAAGUGUGCUCACCAGGAGGUACAACGAUAGCUGGAUUACAUGCCAUGGAGCGUGGUAAAAUACGAGCAACCCUUAUUGAAGCCGUAGAGGCUGCAGUAAACAGAUCAGAAGAAAUUGUUGGUAAAUGAAGAGACUACUUCGUAAGCACUGUGUAACAAAAAUUUUUUCGCUUAAUUUUGUAUACUGCCAAAUAACCAGCAGCAUUGUCCUAUGCUGUUUUGAUAAACGCACAAGAAAAAAGUAUUUGUUACAUUACAAAUAGUCACAAUUAUAUAUAUAUAUAUAUGCGUUUCAUAUACGCUUUCGAAUAAAAUAGUUGUAUAGUUUUCAA